AUGCCUUCGCAGAUAUGCCAUGGCAAAAAAAGCGUCCUGCAGAGGCACAGCCGAAGCCUUCGGCGGCGCCGCCCAGCCGGCCUACCGAGCGCCGCAGCUUGUGCUGGUCUCGAGUCUCGAGCAUUCGGCACUCCAAGAAUGGCUCGCCAGCGUUCACGUGUGAGCCUGCCGUGCGCUGUGCUGCUCCUGGGCCUGGUGGCUCUGCACACAGCAGGACAUGUGGCGGGGGUCUUGAACUUCAGCUUGGAUGCGGGCCCUCGUCUUGCGAGGCGCGCGUGGCUUCUCAGCGCCAUUCCAGCUGCCGGCGCCGGACUAGGGUGGGCUCCGUCGGCGCGGGCAGAACUGUCUCCGCCUCUGGCACGGGCAGUCGGCAGGUAUGCAGAGCAGCUACAGGGUGGCAUGGACGUCCUUUACUUCGACGUUCAGAACUAUGUGAGGGGAGGCACGCGCCUCUUCCAGCAAGCAGUGAACUUGGUGGACAACUCCGCAGGCAGCAACACGGCAAUCGACAGAGACUUGCUCGCGCCGCUGCGCCAGUUCGUCUUGGCUGGAGAGGAGGAUGGAGAGAUCGACUUCCAGCCGAGCUAUGAGCGCAUCGAGACGGCAGCCCGGAAACUGCAGUUGGCCGCACGCGAUCAGCAGAUCGAGGAUGCCAUCACCUUGAGCGACUCGUUGAUCGCAGAGCUUGGCAAGCUGUUCAUGACGAUCAACAAGGAGGCGGAGAAGCCGGUGUUCCUGCUUCCAACGGACUCCAGCUACGACACGCGGGAACCGGCAUAUCGGAGGAGGAUGGCAGAAGGCAAGCAGGCGCCCGAUAGCACGGAAGCCCACGGAAGCCCUGCAUUCCUUGCCAUGAACAGCUGUGAACAUCUGCGGGCAGUCUGGGGCCUCAGGCAGCACGGCUGCACAUCGAUUAGCUUACCAGUGGCCCUGCAAGGGGACUUGCGCGAAAUCGCACGGUCGACGUUGAAAAGAGUUUCUGAGUGCUACAAGAGCCUCGCAGCGCACCUUGUUGGCAAGUCUUUGUGCCAGCACCCACCCCUGCUGCAACUGGAGCCACGCUUUCUGCGCCGGGAGCUGUCCAAGCGACAGGCGGAGGCCCGCAAGAAGGCCGACCAGGCCAUCGCGGCCGUGGCCGCUGGAAGCGACGAGAGCGCUCGCGCCCUCAUCCGGGAGGCAAUUGGUCUCCUGCAGGGUCUCUGA